GCGCCUGCGCGCCGCCAUUUUGGCCGGCUGUGCUCUGGGAGGCGGGAGGAAGGAGGGAGCUGCGAUCGGCGCCGCCAUUUUGUCUCGGGAGCUCCAGUGCGGUGGGAGCGGGCGGAGGAGCUGAGCCCCGGCCCCACAGCCGCUAACAGCCAACAGGCAGCACCACAGGAGACCUGGCGACCGUCUGCUUCGAUUCUGUUGAUCUGAAGAUGGCUGCACAGUCAGCACCGAAGGUUGUGCUAAAGAGCACCACCAAGAUGUCUCUGAACGAGCGCUUCACUAACAUGCUGAAGAACAAACAGCCGAUGCCAGUGAAUAUUCGGGCUACCAUGCAGCAGCAGCAGCAACUGGCCAGUGCCAGAAACAGAAGACUGGCCCAACAGAUGGAGAACAGACCUUCUGUGCAGGCUGCUCUGAAGCUGAAGCAGGUGAGGGGGCUGCACGAGUGGCUGAUGGCAUUUAAAGGGGGUCUAGGGGGGGUUGCUGUGUAUAUAGAGACAUUCCUAUCGAUUAAAACAAUGAUGAAGGGACUUGCAGGACUUGGCUUCGGAUGAGUGAUGCUGUGUGACUUGAGCUGGUUAAUAUCACUGAGUUAAUUUCUUUGCUGGCUGUUGAUAUCUCCUCUCUAUUUUUUCAGAGAUAUGUUGGUCAUUCUGGGGUUCUGGAUCUGCUGAGUGCUUCAUCUCUCAAUGUAGCUGCAGUAACACUUGCAGAUUGCUCCCAGCCCUUAGAGCCCACUGCUCCCAUCCCCACCUCCACCCCCUGGUGGUGCAGCUGGCUGCGAGGACCCAGAUGAACCAAACUGAUAACAUGGAGGCUUGCAAAUGCCAGGCUGCAGGCCUGGGUUUAAGGAAUAGCAUUACGUUUUCCUUGUGCAAGUGUCUUAAUCCCUCGUCUCAGUGGGGAACGCUGCAGGUUGUGGAGUGUUUGUUGAAUUAACCCCAUAUGAAGUGGGGAUAGCUUUGAAUUCUCUGCUCCCCCACAGCUAUAUCAAGGGGUUGGCAUGGUCUGCUCGUUGUCAGGCUGUUCCAAGCUUUAAUUGAGAUGAGGAAGUUGGAGAGAUGGACUUCAAUGUGUUACUUCACAUGCAGGGAGAGCCCUGGGAAGCUCUGAGCUGCUUCACAUAGCUGGAAUGCUUGAACCUCACUUAAUCUCUGAUAAGAAGGAAGGCAGCUGUGCAUUUGAUUGCCUUCCAUUUCCAGCACUGCAGACAGCUGGGAGCCCUCUGCUUUCAGAACACAACCCCCAACCUUUUCUCACUUAAGUGCCAAUAAGGAACUGCUUUGCUUUCCUUGCCGUCCCCAGAUUGCUGCAUGACUUUCUUGUUGUUUAACAAUCUA